UAUUUGAGCAGAUCAGUGACUCAGCACCAUCUUCAGAAAGUGAAAGUGAGUUGCGUUUGUAUUUGUAUACAUUGAGUUUUCACCCGUCUGCCUGAACUGGAACAAGCAGGAGUUGGUUGCACGAUCAUAGUAUCGGCUGCAGGUGAAGAAGCGUCUGUACAGAAACACCACUGUAUCCCCUGCCUGAGUGGCAAUCAGCACUCCUCCGGAUGUGGUUCAACUACAAGUCCCGAAAUCCAUUCCUAAUAGUUGGAGCUCCUUCAUCUAUAUGACCCUGGAGGAAUGGGAAUGGAUUGCAAGCGGCUGACAGUCCAGUUGUUGCUGGUGUUAUCUGCUAUAUGUGGAGUUCUUGGCGAGUGUAAGUUCCCCUCUGCCUCCAUCUGUUGCACCUUUUUAGAGACCACAGCUACAGCAGUGACCAAGCUCAAAUGUGAAACUCCUGUAAUAGACCUUUGCCAGAAACGAGUGACAGUGACGUGUAACGUGUCUGAUGGUACAACAAGAAUUGAUGGAAUAGAUAUUUUGUAUGGAGAAACAGGUUUCAACUUUCAGAUUGAUCAUCAACAGAUCAUGCAGAAUAAAAGUGAACAUUUAAGUGUGAGCCUCAAAGACCGGGUGCUGACGCUGACUUUGUUCGGUAUAAAAACAGAUGAACAGAAGCAUUUAAAGCUCAGGAUCAUCACUCCACAAGGAUCGCCUCUUGAGACUUUGUACAUCCCUGAAGUAACUCAAGAACUUCACUGUGAUGACCCAAUGAUAGAUACAUGCCAGCACACCGCGACUAUUCAGUGUAGGACUAACAAAAGCAUAACAAAUGUGACCUUAAACUGGAGCCUAAAUGGGAUCAAUCAUAGGCUCUACAUUAACAAACAGAAUAUGAGAGCUAAGCAGCAGCAGGAUCAAGACAUCUAUGUGGAAAUCAAAGACAAUGAGUUGAGGCUGAUUAUUUCCAAUAUCAAGAUUUAUAACAAUACGAUACUCAGUGUUCAGAUCAACACACCAGCCACAAUGCAGUCAUGUGGAAUUCCUCUCGGCAGCAACCAUUAUGAAGAAGAUUGUAACGCUCAAGCAGAUAAGAGUGCCUCACCUACUGAGACUGGCAAACACUAUGCUGGGAUUUUUAUCUUAGUGGUAUUAGUGUUGACCGCUGCAGCAGUGGGUUAUUGGUUCUAUCACAAGAAGAAAAAAUUCUUUCCCCCAAAACCACGAGAACGCAGUGAAUCCCAGGGGCCACUGAUUAAGAGCACGAAACUGGAAAUGCCUGGCGAAGACCAAAUAUAGCAGCAAGAACCUAUCAUUCUAAUCAAAUUGAAUCAUCUUUGGUUUAUCUCCCUCUGCCAUUGCUUGUCUGAAGGGUACAGAGAGUGAAAUGCACCAAGGAGUAUUCCGUCAACACCGCUCAGGAAAACUGUAUAUAAAAUGCCAAAUAUCUCAA